AUGGAGUCUUCUCAUGAAUCAAUUAUUCUCCAACACCCCUAUGCGGCGCAACUCAUGGAUGCUGCAUCAGGUUUUCAUCGAGUUGGAUCAAAACUUCACACCGAAGAGCACAAAAACGCUGCACUUUUGACAGGGGCAACUUUGUCCGGUCCUGGAAUGAUAGGAGAAGCCCCUGUGGUUUUUUCGCAAUAUGAAGGAGAUCCGCGUGCUCCUGAUAUGGAUCAUAAUGAACUGGUAUGUUUCUACCAUCUGGGAUCGCGUCUGUGUGGUCAUCCAGGGUUAAUCCACGGAGGACUGUUAGCAACAUUAUUAGACGAAUCACUUUGUCGAUGCGCGUUCCCUCUCUUUGCAAGCGGACUCGGCGUGACGGCACGGUUGGAACUGGAUUAUCUUCGUCCGACACCUGCGGACGGUUACGUUGUUCUGAAGGCUCAGGUUUUGAGCAAGCAAGGGCGUAAAAUACGUGUUAAAGGAGUCAUUGAAUCAUUUGAAGGUGAGGAACUUGUUCAGGCUACCAUUUUGGUAGUUGAACCAAGAUGGGCGGGAACACUUGCUUCACAAGAUCCCAAGACGACGACGUAG